AAAUAUUGGUUUACUUUACAACUUUUCCUCAUAAAACUGCAAAAUUAAGUGAAAAGUAGUGGAGCACAUUACAUACAGUCGGAACUACAAUGUCAGAUAGUGAGCUGUCGCGUAAGCGACAAGAAAAGCGCGACCGCAGCGCUUCACGCGAUUCUCGCCUUGGUUCGGACGCACGCCGAGAAGAGCGUCGAAAAAAGGUUUCACGCAGGGACCGAGAUUCACGCUCCAGAUCCAGAUCCCGUUCACGAUCUAGAAGUGUUGAUAGAAGACGAAGGCGGGAUGAUCGCAGACGGAAGAGUCGUUCAAGGUCGCAGUCUAAGGGUAGGGAACGAAGAGACGAUGACUCCCGGAGGAGGAGGAGGAAAGACCGUCGUGAAUCAAGCUUAGAAUCUGGUGAACGUUCACGGAGCAACAGUGCUGAAAGGAAGAAACCAGAGGUGAAAAAAGCUCCGGAAAAGGAACAGGACGGAGAUGAAGCUUUGCUGAAGAAUGAGAAACCAGCAAUCCGACGGACGGUGGAUUUGUUGACAUCGAAAACUGGAGGAGCAUACAUCCCUCCGGCCAGGUUGCGUAUGAUGCAAGCAGAGAUAACCGACAAAUCGUCAGCGGCUUAUCAGAGAAUCUCUUGGGAAGCACUGAAGAAGUCGAUUCAUGGUUAUAUCAAUAAGGUAAACGUGGAUAAUAUCGGAAUCAUCACGAGAGAGUUGCUGCGGGAGAAUAUUGUCCGCGGAAGAGGUCUUCUCUGUCGGUCGAUUAUCCAGGCCCAAGCAGCGUCGCCAACGUUUACUCAUGUGUACGGGGCGUUGGUGGCUAUCAUAAACUCGAAGUUUCCAAACAUCGGAGAACUUCUAUUGAAGCGUUUGGUCAUUCAAUUCAAGAGGGGAUUUCGAAGGAACGAUAAAAGCAUCUGCCUUUCUUCGUCUCGAUUCGUGGCACAUCUGGUGAAUCAACGGGUAUCUCACGAGAUUCUGGCGUUGGAAAUUUUGACGCUAUUGGUGGAGAAUCCUACUGACGAUUCGGUCGAGGUUGCCAUUGCAUUUCUGAAGGAAGUAGGUCAGAAGCUGACCGAGGUUUCCGGAAAGGGAAUCAAUGCGAUUUUCGAAAUGCUGAAGAAUAUUUUGCACGAAGGAAAGCUGGACAAGCGGGUUCAGUAUAUGAUCGAGGUGGUGUUCCAGAUCCGUAAGGACGGCUUCAAGGAUCACAUUGCGGUGGCCGAUGCGCUAGAGUUGGUGGAGGAAGACGACCAAUUUACACAUUUGAUAAUGCUGGACGAGGCCACCGAUACGCAGGACAUUUUGAAUGUCUUCAAGGUGGACAACGAGUACGAGGAAAAUGAAGCCAAGUACAAAGCUAUCAGUAAGGAAAUUCUUGGAAGUGAUGCCAGCGGCGAUGAAGACGAGGAUGGAUCAUCAAGUGGAAGCGGCAGUGGUAGCGACUCCGACGACGAGGAUGAAAGUGGCAGCGGUGAGGAAAGCGGUGAAGCCAAGCAGCAGCUUAUUGUGGAUAAUACGGAGACGAAUUUGAUUGCGUUGCGUAGGACGAUUUACCUGACGAUCCAUUCCAGUUUGGAUUACGAGGAAUGUGCACACAAGCUCAUGAAAAUGGAACUCAAACCGGGCCAGGAGUCGGAGCUUUGUCACAUGUUUUUAGAUUGCUGCGCUGAGCAGAGGACUUACGAGAAGUUCUACGGACUUUUGGCACAGCGUUUUUGCAUGAUCAACAAGGUCUACAUAGAACCGUUUGAGCAGAUUUUUCAUGAUACCUACACCACAACCCAUCGACUGGAUACAAAUCGCCUUCGCAACGUUAGCAAGUUCUUCGCCCAUCUUUUCUUUACCGACUCGAUCGGUUGGGAUAUAAUGCGCUGCAUCCGUCUGAACGAAGAAGAUACGACCAGCUCAAGUCGAAUCUUUAUCAAAAUUCUUUUCCAAGAACUCGCCGAAUACAUGGGCUUGUUCAAGUUAAACGCACGAUUAAAGGAUGCAACGUUGGCGGAGCCAUUUUCGGGACUUUUUCCACGGGACAAUCCCAAAAAUUCCCGUUUUGCCAUCAACUUUUUCACUUCGAUCGGAUUGGGGGGCCUGACCGAUGAAUUGCGGGAUUUUCUCAAGAAUGCUCCCAAGCAGAUUGUCCAACCGCUGCCCGCUCCGGUGCCGGAAGAAGCAUCUUCACUCAGUUCGUCUUCCUCCUCGUCGUCGUCAUCAUCUUCCUCUUCGUCGUCCUCGUCGGAUUCGAGUUCAAGUUCAUCCGAUUCCGAUUCGGAGAAUGAUCGCAGAAAAAAGAAGGGCAGGAAGGACAAAGACCGUAAGAAGUCGAAAACUUCUACCUCGAAACAGAGAGAUGAGAAACGGAAGCAAAAUGGUAGUAGGAGGGAAUAUGCAGAGGUGGAAGUGGGUAGACGAGAUCGGGAUAAUCGGGAAAGAGAUAACCGUGAGGCGUAUCCUCGAGAGGAGCAGCAUCGCGAUCGGAAUUAUGAAGGACGUGGCAGGAAGGAGCAGGACGAUCGAAGCGGACGUGGAGGCGACAGAUCGAAAAGGGAUCGCGACAAUAGAAGAAAGGAUGAAGAGCAUUCUUCCAACCGUAGGAGAUGAGAUGGAAAACAAUGGUAAGAAUUGUGUAGAUGUAUAAUUGUGUCCUAUUUUAAGAAAUAUACCUAGGCGUGUCUCAAA